AUUUAACAAAGCUGAUUUAAAAGAGACAAUGCUCGACCAUGAGGGGUUCCAGAAAGUUCCAGAAUAAAGCCACUAAAUGGACCAUGAGUUUAGAGUUUUAUUGUCAAACUGUGCUGCUCUAUUCUAUAUGUAUCUGUUAAUACAUGACGGGCUACAAACCCUGACCAAUCACAUUCCGCUUUGCUCAGCUUUCGUCCAAUAGCGUGUGAGCUUGAAUGAUUGCGACAGAAAGCAACAAGAAGUUUCCAAAAUGGGGCUUGAAAGUACUAUGGUCUGUGUGGACAACAGUGAAUACAUGAGAAAUGGGGACUUUCUACCAACGAGGCUACAGGCUCAGCAAGAUGCUGUCAACAUUGUUUGCCACUCCAAAACACGAAGCAACCCAGAAAACAAUGUGGGCCUCAUCACUAUGGCUAAUAACUGUGAGGUCCUGACCACACUGACCCCAGAUUCUGGCCGCAUCCUGUCCAAACUCCACGCUGUCCAGCCCAAAGGAAAGAUCUGCUUCUGCACAGGCAUCAGAGUGGCUCAUCUGGCCCUAAAACACAGACAAGGAAAAAACCACAAGAUGAGGAUCAUUGCCUUCGUCGGGAGUCCCGUGGAGGAUAAUGAAAAAGAUCUUGUCAAGUUGGCAAAGCGCUUGAAAAAAGAGAAAGUGAAUGUGGAUAUUAUCAACUUUGGAGAAGAGGAGCUGAACACAGAGAAGCUGACUGCUUUUAUAAACACUUUGAAUGGGAAAGAGGGAACUGGUUCCCACCUGGUCACAGUCCCUCCAGGACCCAGUCUGGCUGAUGCGCUGCUCUCCUCUCCCAUCCUGGCCGGUGAAGGAGGCUCAAUGAUGGGUCUUGGUGCCAGUGACUUUGAGUUUGGUGUCGAUCCCAGUGCUGAUCCAGAACUUGCCCUGGCCCUGCGUGUAUCAAUGGAGGAGCAGCGACAGCGGCAGGAGGAAGAGGCCCGCAGAGCUGCUGCUGCUUCUGCAGCUGAAGCAGGAAUGCCAACACCCACCGCAGACGAAUCAGAGGAGGCCUUAUUGAAGAUGUCCGUAUCUCAGCCUGAGAGUGGUGCAGCUGUGCUUCCUGACUUCAGCAGCAUGACAGAGGAGGAGCAGAUAGCCUACGCCAUGCAGAUGUCUCUUGCCGGAGGGGAGUAUGGAGAAAUGGACACAGAAGCCCCCAUGGACACUGCAGAAUCAGCCAAGGAGGAAGAUGAUUAUGAUGUGAUGCAAGACCCCGAGUUCCUCCAGAGCGUCUUGGAGAACCUGCCCGGCGUCGACCCGAACAACGAGGCCAUCCGCAACGCCAUGGGCUCCCUGGCGUCCCAGACAGGAAACAAGCCAGAGGGCAAAAAGGACGAAGAGAAGAAGAAGUGAGGAAGAAAAAAAAGAGAUGGACGCCGUCUUCAGACAUCGACUAGAAUAAAUAAAGAACAAUUGCAGACUAAUGCAGGAUUACUUUAAUAUACAAGACCGCAUGAGACAGCACUCCGGCGUUUAAUACCAUCAUUUUCUGUCAGACACUCAAAAGCACUGACAUAACAGUAAUAAAAUACUGAAUGACCAUUUAGUGUAAGAUCUGACUGCCCUGUAACAUAAAUUGACACCCUAAAAAUGUAAUUCUCAAAAUGCCUUGUAUGCUCUUUACCCUACAUUUAUACUCUAUACAUGGUAUAAUUACUGAUAAUUCAUCAGAUAAGAAUUUGUGAUGACAGGCUCUUCAACUAAACAGUUACACACUCCUGUCAUGUCUUUGUGUUUUUUUGCAAUAAAAGCUAUGUGUAAAUA